AGAAAAAAGUCUACUACUUCACCUUCUUCCGCUGAUCUCUCUUCUGCGACUCAAAGAAUAACCGAACAAACCUAUGCAUCUGCUGAAAACGCCCUUGCUUAUCCUGGAAGAGAUAAAGUCGAUGUUAGGGCACCAUGCCUGGUCAGAAGGGAAACCACAUGUCGUCAUGGCCACCCGGGGGUGAUAAACGAUCAUUUUUGCAAACUAUCGCAAGGGCGCUUUCAAAUCGCAUGUUACGAUAUUGCGUUCUAUCGGAUUGCUGAAGGCGGAGAAUAUCGAUUGCCCUCUGAUAGUACCUACCAACGACAAGCUUGGAGGGUUGGUAUCGCGUUCAAUCGAUUUAAUUUAAUUCGUUGGGCACCACAUAGCAUGCGACAAAAGAUUGCCCUCUGGGGAAUUUACAUACGGCCCCAGGCCAUGACUCGGAGUAACGAGGUCUAUGAAUAUGGCAGUGCCCUUAUUCUGGAAGAUGUCUGGGGAACUCCAGGACAAGACAACCGUGGGGAAUACAAAAAGCUACUCACCGAUGCUGAGUUCACGAAACACACCGAUCGGAAGUUUGAAGAAACAACGAUGUAUUUCACUCUUGAGGAAUUUGUGCUUGAAGCCCAAUGGCUUCUUCGCCAAUUCACGUCAAGACGUAGAGAUGGUAGAAUUUGUGCUAAUCCAGGCACUACUUAUAAUUUGGGUUUUGCGAAUUGUCAAGACUUCGCUAAAUUCGUCAUGGAUAGGCUAGAAAGUUCUCGGUACGACUGGACUGAUAGCAAGAGAUUGAGUCAGCCCUUUGUUCUUUCCUCUCUUGAGGAUGAAAUACUGAAGGACCUUGAAGACGAAGCGAAUGAUGAUUACCACGAGGCAGUCAGUUAUGCAUACAAUCAAGUGGCAUUGUCUCACGAGUUCUCCGGAAUCACCAGCUUCUCAAGUACCGCCAACCAUUGGUAA